AUGUGUUCUUUGACACCGUCAGCAUAUUUCGCAUGUUAUACUGUUGAAAAAUCUGCUCAAGAUUUAGAUAGUAAUUUAGAUAAUGGUCUUAGUUCAAAUAAAGCGGCUGAGAAAAGAAAAACAAAUGGUUAUAAUGAAUUUGAAGUUGAGGAAGGUGAUCAUCCAGUUGUAAAAUUUAUUAAGCAAUUUGUGGAAAAUCCACUUGUCCUUUUACUUCUUUGCUCUGCCGUAAUUUCUUUAAUAAUGGGGAAUCAUAAGGACGCAUUUUCUGUAUUCUUGGCUGUAACUAUAGUCACUGCAGUCGGUUUUGUCCAAGAAUAUAGAUCAGAAAAAUCUCUUGAAGCUCUGAAUAAAUUGGUUCCACAUCACUGUCACUUAACUCGUGAUGGUCAUUUGGCAACAGUUUCAGCUACCGAAUUAGUACCAGGAGAUCUGGUCCGAUUCGGUGUUGGUGAUAGAGUUCCUGCAGAUGUAAGAUUAGUAACGGCGGUAAAUUUGGAAAUUGAUGAAUCAAAUUUAACGGGUGAGACUAAACCUAGAAAAAAGGCUAUUGAUGUAAUUACUACUGAAAAUAAUUAUGUGGAAUCAAUCCAAGAAAGAAAAAAUAUCGCAUUCAUGGGAACUCUGGCCGAAACACCAAAAACUCCAUUUCAGAUUAGCAUGAAUGAUCUUGGAAAAAAAUUAUCUUAUUUGUCUGGUGCAAUUAUUGCAGUUAUAGUUACUAUUGGACUUAUACAAGGGCGACAAUGGCUGGAAAUGUUUACAAUUGGAGUAAGUUUGGCUGUGGCGGCUAUUCCUGAGGGACUUCCCAUUGUUGUAGCUGUUACCUUGGGUUUGGGUGUUUUACGAAUGGCUAGAAAAAAUGCAAUUAUUAAAAAGUUACCUUCUGUUGAAACUUUGGGAUCUGUAAAUGUAAUUUGUGUAGAUAAAACUGGCAAGUGCACACUGACUGAAAAUGUCAUGACCGUCACAAAGAUAUUUACAUUGGAUGAGGAAAAUACUUUUGAUUUGGAACAUGGUUUACCUGAAAAAACAAGUGUUGCAAUGCGAGAAGUUCUUAAAAUUGGAGGAAUUUGCAAUAAUGCAAAUAUUGAUGAUGAUGGAAAAAAAUUUGGGCAGGCUACUGAUGUUGCGUUGCUUGAUUGUCUUAUAAAGAUGAAUUUGGAAGAUGAAUUAGUGGGAUAUGAACGAAUUUCUGAAAUUCCCUUUAAUUCUGAUCAAAAAUGGAUGUCUGUAACUUGUCGACGAAAGAAUGAUAAUUCUUCUAAAGAAAUUAUAUAUUUAAAAGGCUCAAUAGAAGUUGUAUUGGGAAAAUGUACAUCUUAUUUUGUUUCAGAAACUCAUAAACCACCAUUAGAUGUUCCAGCAAAAGAGUCGGUGAUGCGACAUGUUACUGCAAUGUCUUCUCUUGGUCUUCGAGUCCUUGCUAUGGCAUUUGGAUCUGAUCACAACAAACUUACUUUUGUAGGAUGCGUUGCGAUGUAUGAUCCUCCAAGAAAGGGAGUUGAGAAUGCUAUAAGAGAGUUGAUUGGUGGUGGUGUCAGAGUGGUCAUGAUAACAGGAGAUUCUGAUCAAACUGCUCUUUCAAUUGCACGAAAGCUAGGUAUACCAGUAAAUCCAUCAAAUCAUUCUAACUGUUUAACUGGAGCAGAUAUUGAAGCGAUGUCAAGUGAAGAUUUAAGAUCAGUUAUUGGUUCAAUAACUGUGUUCGCAAGAACAGCACCAAAACAUAAAAUGGCUAUAAUACAAGCCUUCCAAGCAAAUGGUUCAAUUGUAGCCAUGACAGGGGACGGUGUAAAUGAUGCACCAGCAUUGAAAAUUGCUGAUAUAGGCAUAUCUAUGGGUAAAAGUGGAUCUGAUGUAUCCCGAGAAGCAGCCGAUAUCAUUUUAGUCAAUGAUGAGUUUGUAACUAUAUUGGAUGCUGUAAAAGAAGGUACUAAAAGUUAA